AUUUUCAGAUAUUUCAGCGGAGAAAAUGUCGUCGGGGCAAUCCAGGGCGGACGAAAUCAUGGCGAAGCUGGGGAAGGCGAAGGUGAAGAAGCAGGCAACGAACUGGAGUUGGGACGACGAGGAGUUAAUGUACGAGAUGAACCAGAGGGACACCAAGAGGACUAAGCGCAGGUUGGAGAAGAGUAAGGAGACGGAGGAGUCCAAGAAAAUGAAGAAGGAUGAGAAGCUUCUCAACACAUAUAUGAGGGAGGAAAGAAAACUGUUCCUGGGAGGUAUAUCUGAAGAUACGACGGAGAAGGAUUUAAAGAAAGUAUUUUCACAAUUCGGUACAAUCAUUGAUUGUAAGGUUAUGAGAGAUGCGGCUACUGGAACCUCUCGAGGCUUCGGUUUCGUCACCUUUGCGUCCUCGUUCAUGACGGAGGCUGCCCUGGACAAGGCUCCCUUUGAGAUCUGUGGAGCCAAGGUGCAACCUAAACGUGCAACCCCUGACAAACCUCGAUACAAGCAAACCAAUACAGAAUUCGAUACAACACUAGACAAGGCUUGUGAAGGGAAACGCAGUAUUUUUAUUGGUGCUUUGCGGGAUAAUAUUUCUGAGGAUGAUUUGGAACAGUAUUUUGCAGGAUUUGGUCGGGUUGUAAGAGCCUGCAGAUUAACGGAUAAAGAUACUGGAGAAAAAAAGAGGUUUGGAUUCGUAGAUUUUGCAGAUUACGGCGUUGUACGAAAAAUCAUGAAUAUAACAAAACAUUAUAUCAAGGGAAAGCGGAUACGGAUAGAUAUGACCAGACCUAGAAUAGAGUUCUCUCAUCAGACGAAGACAGUGUAUGUUGGUGGAUUAGAGGACGGUAUUGAUGACCCGGAGUUACAUGCUUACUUCUCAGAGUUUGGAUUCGUUACUAGAGCUCUCAGAAUACCCGACAAGGAUGGUCCAAAGCGUAAAUAUGGAUUCGUCGACUUCGACGAUUAUGACGCAGUUGAUAUGGUUGUGACGCAGCGGGAGCAUUAUAUUCACGGACACAGGGUGAAGGUUGAACUCGCUUUACCCUUGAUUAACGACACCCUGUAUGAAUGUCCAGAGGCUAGCGCUACUACUACGGAAACAUGGGAAGAAAAGGUACAACGGAAGUUGCAGUACGCUAUCCCGGAUCAAGGAGCUUGGGGAGAAUCAUUUAAUUACGAGAUUUUUGUAAAAGGAGGUCCUGAGAUACUCUCCAGUCAGGUGAAAAUUCCUCGUGGAAUGCUUGAGUACGUGGUUGGUAUGGCGGGGAAGGUUAUUGAAUCUAUUGCUGAGGAUACAAAAACUAGGUUAAUGAUCAAGAAACCAGAUAUGGGAUCCAAGGAUGUUUUUAUAACAAUUACAGGAAGACAGGAUGGUCUAAAGCAGGCGCAGUACAUUAUGGCGAACAUUGUCAAGUCCAACAUGCACAAGAUGAACCUUGUCAGCGCAACUGCCUCCAUUACCACCAAGAAAGAAGAAGAGCCUAAAACCAGCUGAUAAUAUUCUUCGAGGAUUUUUGUAUUUUCGAGGACUUGCAUUUUUUGUAAUCCUCCAAUUCUCUGACGAGUCGAAGUUAUGAAUUUAUUAUGUUUGAAAUCCUAUUUUGCAGAAAAAA